AUGAUGCAAUAUAUCAAUAAAGUCCCGACGAUGGAGAAAUUUUUGUUUUUCCUCGAUUUGCGGAUUGGCGCGAUGAUUGCUGCCGUAUAUGGCAUCUUCAUGUGCAGUCUUGCGAGUCCCAGCAUCAUUAUUUACAUAAAUUAUUUCCGAAAUGCUCAUCAACAUCACAUUUAUGAAAAUGAUCCAACGAUGGUUUUCGACUUUAUUUCGUUCAUCGUGACAAUACUAGGAAUUGCUGCCUUGUCCGUUGUGUUACUUAUUGGAGCUUUUACUAAAGAUGUGAAACUCGUGAGAAUUUAUGUCAUCGGGAUGAUUUUCUGUCUCACCCUCAUGCUGGUUGUGACAAUUUUGAGUCUCGUGAUGCCCAUGUUCAGCUUUUGGGGCGACCUUAUCGUGCUGACAUUGUACAUCUAUGCAUGGCUUACCGCACAUUCGUUGCACCAAAAAUUAGAGAGUGGAGCUAAUUUGACCUGAAAAUUGACAAUUUGUUGUGUUAUGUAGAUAAAUAAAAG